UCCAAUAGGAAGUAAAUGGAGAAAGAGGUGAUGAGUAGUUUGAAAAUGGCAGGAAAUAUAUUAUGCAGUGCCAGCAGUUUUAUCAGAAAAUGCAUCUUUGGUGUUCUUAGAGUUGGUCCAAUCCCCAAUCACAUUGCUUUCAUCAUGGACGGAAAUCGACGAUAUGCUAAAAAGCAGAAGCUCUCACACGAUGGAGCCGCCGGGGGCGGCGGCCGUUAUGAUGCUGGCUUUUGGGCUCUCAUGGUUAUGUUAUUGUACUGCCAAGAGCUUGGGGUGAAAUAUAUCACUGCCUAUGCCUUCAGCAUCGACAAUUUCAAGCGGAAACCAGAAGAAGUUGAAUCACUUAUGGCUUCCAUGUUGGAGAAAUUCCAUCUCUUGGAUAUCCUCGUCAAACGUUUGGCCGUUAGGGUCCAUUUCGCUGGGAAUUUGGAGCUCUUGAGCAAUGAGCUUAGGGCUUCCGCCAUGGAACUUACGGAAGCUACGGCUGCGUAUUCGAAAUCGGUGCUUACGAUUUGUAUUGCCUACACUUCUAGAGACGAAAUCUUGCAUGCCGUUCGAGAAUCUUGUGAGCAAAAACGCAUUGAUCUGGAAUUCGAUAACGACGACGACAAUGAGAUAAAGUUGAUGAAGGUUGAGAAGAACAUGUAUAUGGCGGUUGCACCGGAUCCCGACAUUAUAAUACGGACCGGAGGGGAGAACCGGCUAAGCAAUUUCUUGUUGUGGCAGAGUAGUCGGAGUCAUUUACAUUCCAUGUGGGUACUUUGGCCGGAGAUUGGUGUAUGGAAUUUGGUGUUUGCAAUCUUGAAUUUUCAGAGGAAUAAAACCUACCACUUGGAGAUGAAGAAGAAAGAAAAAGAACUGUAAUUUGGAAACAAUGCGAAUUAAUUGUUACUAUAUUUCAUGGUUAAACAAGUUUAAUUAAAAUACCAUUAUAAUCCA